UAGUGGUUCCGACUAAUGGCUUUCCUUUUGUUUUGGGGUACAGGGGCAGCGGAGCGAGAAAAGAGACGAAGGUCACAACAACAAAUUUGGAAGGGCGAUUCGUUUUGUUUUGGAAUUUGGGCAAAAAUGUCACGCAAGUUAUGCUUGUGUUUGUUUUCGUUGGCCAUCUUAAUCACCAACGCAGCAGCUAUGUCAGAUUUCAUUAUGGGUAUUUGGGCAGACAACGAAUUCCCGUUGGUUGGAUCCGAUCUACGCUUAUACUGCUAUGUUCAUGACAAGGAAAAUAAAGGACCACUUGAUCUAAAUUUCGUUACUUCUGACGAAAUUAAAGUUCCAGCUUCAAACCACACUAUUUAUGAGACAAAAUAUUUCGAAAAAAAUGAUACCACAUUAGUCACAGCUUUGAUAAAAAAUUUAACGCUUGAUGAUGGAAAAAAAAAUGGAAUUAAAAAAUGUCGCUAUGAUAAAAGAUCUAACAGUCAUGUGAUUUAUUUCUUCAUUUUACCUGAAAAUGGUGCUCCAAAUAUCACUGUCAAUAAAGAUAAAGUAACAGCAGAACUAGGCAGCUCUUUGACAAUGGCAUGUAAGAUUUCCGUUGUCUUGGGAGAUCCUGUGAUAGGGAUGAAUUUGGUUUGGAAAUACGGUACAAACACAGGACAACUUCCAAAUGGCACUGUGAAAAGCCUUGACACAAACAUUGUUGAAUACCCUGACAAAAAUGUUUCGUAUGCAGAAUCGUCUUUAACUAUAUCCCAUGUACGUGGCUACCAUGGUGGAAAGUACUUUUGUGUGGCAGAGUUGCCUUUAACAUCCCCUGGUCGUAUUGCUCAAUUUAAUAAAGUUGUUGAUUUGAUAUCAGUCGUAAACUCUGCACAAUCAAAAGAAAUUGAAAUGAAAGUAAAGGCCGGUGAAAGCAACACUUUUGAUUGCAGCGAUUUGGUUGUGUACCCUGUCCCUGUUUUAUCGUGGAAGAAAGAUGGCGCUGAAAUAACUGACAAGACUGACAACCGUUUUACAUUUUCACCAAAGAAGAGGGGAGAACCAGCGAACUUAAAAUUCACAAUAAAAGAUGUUACCUACUCCGAUAGAUCGGAAUAUUCAUGUAUUAGCAAAGUUGUUAAUUCAACACAAGAAAAAAAGUUCAGAUUACGCGUUCGAGAUCCACUAGGCGCUUUGUGGCCAUUUAUUGGAAUCCUGGCUGAAACUGUUCUACUUAUUAUAAUUAUUGUUAUAUAUGAGUUGUAUAAGAAGAAAUAUCAUUCAAACAAGGAUAAAACAGAUGGCGGAUUAAAAGAAACCUCUCCGUUAGUUGGCUCAACUUCCCCUCCUGUUGUGUCUUAUACAACUGGUGAAGGUGUGCGUGCAAGAGUGACAAGCGAAGAUAAAGAGAAUACAGCGUGAAAAAGGUUCCAGAUCUUCACUAAGAAGUCAAUGAAAAUUAGAAGAUACUACGAAGCGAAAUGUUGAAGAUGGACGUUGUUUCUUGCAAAGAUAUUUUCAAUGAACAUUACAGUGUGGUUUUAUUUUUAGUUUAGAGAUAAGAUAUUUCUAUUUUUACUGAACAUUAAUGUGGUCAUAGUUAAACUGUUGGAAAACACCUUAAUGUUUUAAAUAAACGCCUCCCUUCAAUUGGACGCCUCCUUUAAUGAUUUAUUUUUAAUAAACACCCUUCUGUUAAGGCUCUAUACUUUUCAUUAGGCGAUCCACAUUCCAGAAAAUCAAAUACAUAAUAAAAAAUUAAACAACAAAUUUAAAGGCACCUCAAAAUCGAUAAAAUGGAUAAAUAGGUUUUUUCUCUAAGCAUUAGGGGAAAUGUGAAAAAUAUAAAUUUUGUCGUUAGAAGGAUGUGUGUAUCUGUGAAUUUUUUUACUUCUUCAAAUUUUAAUUUACGUGUUGUGGAAGGUGUUCUUGGUAUUAAAACAUUUCCGUGCUUUUAAAUUCUGUCAGUUAUUUGACACGAUGCGAUGACCUAGGGACAAGGAAGAGAUCUAACGCUUUCAAGGUGCAUAUUGUUAAAUUGUGAAAAUGUGUGCCAUGAAAUCUCUAACCUUUAGCAACAACGUGACUAAGAGUUAUUAUCAACAAGAUGUAGUGCUCGUUUUCUUUUUACUUAAGUUAUUGUGUUGUAUUGUUUCAUGUUGUGAUAAAAAAAUUGCAUUGGUGAA